CUAUAUUGGGAAGGAAUCCUUGGCUGUGAGGGGGGCAGGCCCUGGCACAGGUUGCUGUGUCUGCCCCAUCCCUGGGAGUGUCCAAGGUCAGGCUGGACGGUGCCUGGAGCAGCCUGGGCUGGUGGGAGGUGUCCCUGCCCCUGGCAGGGGGGCGCUGGAUGAGCUGGAGCAGGCCCGGCUGAAGGCCGGCGUGGUGGAGCAGGACACCGAGCCGUGGCAGAAAGACCCGAAUUUCGCCGGGCUGGAGAGAGUGGGAGGUGUGGACUUAUCCUACAUCAAAGGAGACGACACCAGAGCCUGCGCCUCCCUGGUCGUGCUCAGCUACCCGGCCCUCGAGGUAACCCGGGUGAACCCCUCACUCCGGGGCUCUGUCCAGGUGUGCCAGGACACGAGGGGUUUUUAGGAGUUUAUAGCAAGCUUUCACAAAGGCCAUUCCCCGCAGGGCAUCGCUCAGGUACCCCCUGUGACAGCCUUGAGCUGAAGGAGGGCAGGGAUAUUGGGAAGGAAUUCCUCCCUGGGAGGGUGGGCAGGCCCUGGCACAGGUUGCCCAGAGAAGCUGUGGCUGCCCCUGGAUCCCUGGGAGUGUCCAAGGCCAGGUUGGAGCACCCUGGGCUGGUGGAAGGUGUCCCUGCCCAUGGCUGGGGGUGGAACUAGGAAGAUGUGCUGCAAACAGCUCCUGAUCACAAGAGGUUUGUAGGAUGGCUCAUAACUCACAAGGUGUCCAGAGACAGGUUUAGUGUCUGUUCAGGAGGGCUGGUACCUCCCAAAAGCUGUGAUGAGAUGCAGCCCCUGGUCAAAUACAACACACCAACUGCUUUGGGGGUGUGUUGGACAUAAUCAGUGUCAGCCCCUUCCCAAAUGAGCCAAAAGGGGCUGAUGUCCCUCAGUGCCUGUGCACAGAGGGAAGUGUUUGUAGCACUCCAGUGCAGAGCCUCAUGUGUGAGUUCCUUCUGGGAAUCAGCUGAUAACAUGGGAUGGGACUUAGAAAAGCCUUUCCAAAUUCACCAUGGUUCCUACAUCACACAGUCAUUUUAUUUGAACUAAUAAAGUUUUUUGGUCUCUUUCCCAGCUUAUGUAAAAAUUAUCUUUAACUAUAAAAGCCCUAACAAGCAGAGAAAUAAAGUUUGAUGUGGCUGCUGGGAUUUUUAUGAACUGAAUUUCAGGUCCUGCUGCGAUUCCUGCCUCGCCCUGCAGAUCACUUUUUUGUCCUGCCUUACAGGGUUUGUUUUGUCCUGUCCCUGCCCAGGCCCCUUUGGCGCUGCCCUGGCAGGGUGAGGUUCCCUCUGUCUCUCAGGAGCUGCCCUGGUUGUGUUCAAGGGCUCUCUCAGUCAGAGCAUGGUGUGUCCAGCCCUCUCCUGCCAUCAGUCCCUUCCCAGUGACACAGUGGUACAGCCCUGAGCCCUUGGCUCUGCGGAGAGAUCCAGCAGCAGGGAUCUGAGGAGGGGACGUGAGCCAGAGGAGGAGCCUCUGGCACUCAUCAGGCGUCCCCAGGGUCGCUGUCUGCUCCUGCUCCAGGUGCUGUACGAGGAUUGCCGGAUGGUGACCCUCACUGCCCCCUACGUGGCCGGAUUCCUGGCCUUCCGAGAGGUCCCUUUCCUGGUGGAAGCUGUUCAGAGACUUCAGCAGGAGCAGCCCAGGCUCAGACCUCAGGUGUGCCGUGUUUCCUUGUCCCAGGCUGAGGUGUCCUGUGGGCACAGAGUCCUGCUGGAAGGUGUUCUGCCUCUGGAGACUGCACUGGAUGCUCUCCACGGGUGUGUUGGAGCGUCCACUGUCCCUUCCUUAGGGAGCCAGUCACUGAUUGCUCCUUGGAGUGCUCAGGAAGUAACAUUUCUGCUUUGGCUUUUUCAGGUGCUUCUGGUAGAUGGGAAUGGGGUGCUCCAUCACAGAGGAUUUGGUGUGGCCUGUCACCUCGGAGUCCUGACGGAUCUGCCGUGCGUUGGAGUGGCCAAGAACCUCCUGCAGGUGGAUGGCUUGGUCAGGGACGAGCUGCACAGGGAGCAGAUCCGUUCCCUGCAGAGGUCAGGAGAUACAUUCCCACUGACAGGCACUUCAGGGAGAGUCCUGGGCAUGGCGCUGCGGAGCUACCACAACAGCUCCAAGCCCCUGUACGUGUCGGUGGGGCACAGGGUGAGCCUGGACACGGCCGUGCGCCUCGUGGGGUCCUGCUGCAGGUACCGCGUCCCGGAGCCCAUCCGGCAGGCUGACAUCAGGUCGAGGGAGUACAUUCGGAAGCAGCUGUGCCCACCCCUGGAGGUCAGACCUGCCGGCCCAGAGAGGUGGGUGUGUGGGCAGCCCAGCAGGUGCCUCUCCAAAGGGGAUCUGCUCCUGGAAUGAGCUGCAGUAAUGGCAUUAAAGGGCCAGGGGGGGUAACAAGGUGAGCUCAAGUGCCAUGUGCUGCCUCCAGAAAGGGUGAUUUCUGGUCAGUGUGGCCGUGCUGCUUCACACGUUCCUCCCUCCCAGCGCCGUGUCCUGAGCUGGGCAAGGUCAGUGGGGAUUUGGUCUUUUUUUGGCACCGGUGAUAAGCAGAGCACUAACGCCUACAGGUGUGACAUGAGGCUGGACAGAAAUACCUGCAGGGAACUGGUUUUGGCCCCUGGAUCUUGGGGGAGGGUCACACUCCUUCACUCUUGCAUAACAUGGGCCAGUGGGUGCUCAGUUUAUUGGUGUAAACCUGUGGCAAACCCUUGGAGGUGCAGGAGCUCCUGGAGUUGUGGCUAUCCUGCCUCUUCAGCAAAGUUCACAGGAGUGUGGUUGGGUUCCCUCAGACCCUCAGCAGGACCAGGCUGGACAGGUUGUUGAUGGCCCUGCCCCAGGAGCUGCUCAGGGCUGAGCCGGGUGUGUCAGGGCUCCAAGAGUCCUCAGGGACCAGAAGGAGUGAAGGGGGCUGAUGGUGGCAGUGGGGGAUGAACACUGGGUGAGACAGCUCUUACAGAUUCCUUGGGACACCUGGGUGGUACAACUCACUGUGCUCUGCUCAGCUCCUUGAUUCUUGAAGUCAUGCAUGCAGGAGCAGGAGGAGGGGCAUGGCCUGGCUAGUGAGUGCCAGGCUGGAUGUCCCCUGGUUGUGCCAGAGUUCGUCUCUAACCCCUGCCUGCCAGGGCAGUGCUGGAGCUCAGCUGGGCUGGAGGUUGUGCACCAGAACCCCCAGACUCGUUCCAUUUGUGACCCUGUGUCUCACACCUUGUGUCUGAGCCCUUCUUCACCAAGUGACUGUUGUUUGGUCUUGUUGCUUUCUACUUUUAUUUGUCUGUGACCCUUCCUUGUUCUUUUUCCCAGCAGCAAGAAGGAGGCUGAACUGGAGGAUUAUUCUGAUGCCUGAAGAACCUGCAGGGCUCCUCUUCACUUGAUCCUCUCCCUCGAGGCUGAGUUCUGUUGAGUGCAGGAGCCUGGUGCCAUCCUGGGGGGCAGAGCCGUGCCAGGCCGUGUCCCUCGGGACAGUGACAACCUCUGUGCAUGUCCUGGCAGACUGGCAGAGCAGCUGCUGCUCAAGGAUAAUCCUUACAGUGGUUUCUCAGGGUUUGUUUUUCCUCAGGGGAAAGGAGAAUUUCCCAUCAGGGAUGGGGAGGGAGGGAGGUCCUUCCUGAUACAUCAGUCAGGGUGGCCAGAUCCCAGGCUGGAGUUUUUGCCAUGAGUGGACUGGGAACUCUGGCGCCAGGCUGGAAGAAGCUCCCUGUGCCCGGACCUUGGCCCAGCACCAGCUCAGCUGUUUGUGGAGCUUCUGUGCCCAAAUCAGUCCGUGACCCUCAUCCAGUCUGCAGGGCCAAAGCUUCUCCUCCCAAGCUUGGAGUCCUGGCUGGUUUGACAGGUGGUUCCUGACUGCUCCCAAAGAGCAGCAGGAGCAGAACAUGAGCUGUGGGAGUUCUUGACAUGGCUGUGUAAGAUUCCAGGCUAAGGAGGAAGAAGGAUGCUUUCCUGGGACUGGGGAAGGGUGCUCAGGUCGGGGCUGUCUUAACCUCAAUAAAUUUCUUGUACAACUCUU